AUGAGCCCGGCGCAAUACCCCUCCGGGCAACCAGACCCAUUCGCGUCGUCCAAUUCGACCGCUAAUCAAUUUCUUGGUACUUCUCGAAAGCCUUGGAUGAACUACACCGCGCCCGCCCUGCGCACACGCCCCGAACCAAAGACACUGUCAUCUCCCAAUUCAAAGUCUGCACACUCGUCCAAGAAACUCGCGCGACAAAACCCGCCGGAUUCUAGUGCAACAUCGAUGCACACACAGGCACGUCUUGGAAGCAGCAGUUCUCCGUCAAUAUCCAUCCCCGCUCCCGAACAAAAAGCAAUCACUCUUCCCACACAGUUCGUUCCAGCAUCACCCUCAACGCCCGGCGAAACACAGCCUGUGACAAAGCCGCCCGGGACGGUAGCGGUCAACUCCAACGCCACGUUCCCAUCGCCAGAAUCCAGCAAUGCCUCCCAUGCGAGUCCCGUUGCUGUCGCAGAAGGAAGACACCCGGUGUCGGCCCAGCCUGCCCCGAAGGCAGGAGGACUGCAAACCGUCACGACGCCACGAGCCCCUUCCCUGAGCUCGUUCAAGAAGCCAGCAUCUGUCCGGACGCAGCCGAAUCCACGCCCACCUUCUCUGGCCCAGCCCCAAGCUGCAUCGUCUCCUCCCGUGUCCAUUUGGAAGAUCGCGCGAGAGAAACUCAGAUCAUAUCUGGCAUCGUCGACUAGACCCCAUAGUCUAUCCGAGACCGUUGAGUUGCCAAGAGCGCGCAUCUUACAGGCCGUGUGUUCAACGGAGGAUAUGUUCUAUCUCGCUCUCCAUCAAUUGUUUUGUCUCAGCUCCUAUUCUCCAACCCAACUGCAACAGCUUCUUAAGUAUGGGAUUAGACCAGAUUAUGACUUUGGUGUGGUCGCACAGCUGCUAGUCGACAAUAAGAGAUUGCCCUUCGAAUUCGUGAAAUGGUCGGCUGAGUACCCUUUGCCUCUGGAUUCGAUGUUAAAAAUCGAGGCUUACACUUUGGCUCUCCCACAAGUUUCGCGUUGUUUGAGCAUGAUUGCACAGCACUGGUCUGUCUUCGAGGGGGAUAUUCGAAAUCGUGGUCACCCACCGCAGGUAGAUGAGUUGGUUGUAAGGCUGGGUAUCGUAUCCCCGGUGUUUCAGACAAUUGCAUUCACAGCUGUCUCUCGGCGUUUAUUUGGUGCUCGGGACGAAUUGUUCAAGGCUUGCAUGUCGCUCUUCGAAGAUGAUCAACGAACUUAUAGACAACGCUGUGUCUCCAGCGCUAGUGCAAGACAACAGUGGGUUCUAGCUUAUUUCGAAAAGUAUAGACACCUGUGCGCAAUGCAUGGUGUCUUGCCACAACAGCCUGUUGCGAACAUAUACAAAGAUGGCAGGUUGUCUUCUGGCCAUUUGCCAACAACGACAACCCUCAACACGCCACAAAUUCAGCAUAUUCCUCCAGCCAACAAUGCUCACCCACCGCUUUCGAAUCACCCCCCUAACAUUCAUUCCGUUGAUGCCUACUCUCUAUCAUCGAAUUGUCCACCAAACCACCACACAUCAGCAAAUAUGAACGCUAGCCCGCACCAGCAACCGCAACAACCGUCAUACCAUCAUCAAGGCCCGAUGCAAGCCCCUCGAUCAGAUCAACAGGCCCAAAUACGACAACAAUAUGCGAUCCCAUCCCAACCUCCCCCUCCUCUUCCUUUCCCUCCUCCGCCUCCGUUUCAUAUGAUUACUCCCCAAGGCAAUGCAACAGUCGCCACAACAGCGCCAAACCAAAUUCCACCUUCAAACUCUCAACCCCACCAAUAUCCUCCUUCGCAUAUGAAACAUGGCCCUCAUGGCAUACCCGUAUCGACGAGUGCGGCUGGUACUGUUAGCAAUGUCAACAUGGAACCUGUCCUUCAUUCACCACAUCAGUUACCACGUAACUUGUUCCCAGUGGCCCAACCCCCGCCUCACACUGAAGGGCAAGGCAAACGAACCACGUACCCGCAAUCUGUUUCUCAACCCGUGCCACACCCAGAUAUGGUCAACGUCGCCCAAUCUACGACAAUUCCGACGCGGCCUUCUCCUGGGCACUAUGCUCAACAGCCCAUUCCUUCUAAUCCUCCUGCUGUAUCCGUGCAGCCUAACGGCGCCUCACCGAUGGCUCUUCGUCAUUUGCUUCCUGCUGCAAGUCAUCAAGCCAUACCACACCCUGCACACCCACGACCAGCCACAACUAGCUCAACCACAGAGCAAUCGCCAGAAAUCAUUCAAUAUUUUUCGGAUUUUGCGAUCCCGAUCCAGAAGCUGCCAUCCAACAGGUCUGCGUUUUCCUGGAAGUUUACUGUGCCGCGCGAGAUGCUGAGUAGGAGGUCUCGCCUCAUCCCGCAGGCCAAUGGUCGUGGGUAUCUACCGGUCUUAACAGAUGGGGACGUGUCGUAUCGACUCCGCUGCAUCAGAUACCAAGGCCGGCUCGAUCUCAACUCGGUUUCUGCCUGGUCACAAGCUGAAAACUAUUGGCCCGAUGUCGUCUACAUACAUGUCAACAAUAAGGAAAUUUUUCGCCCGCAGAAUUCUAAGCAGUUGCCAUUACAGAUCAACACUCAUUUAAAGGAUGGUGUGAAUGAUAUUAGGUUGAAUGUUCUGCGUACCUCACAGCAACGAGCAAAGAAUACAACAUAUGCUGUAGCUGUUGAGAUUGUACAGGUGAAGAGCCCCAGGAGUUUCCAAAGCCUGAUCAAAAAAUUGCCGGUCCAAGAAUCACGAAAACAAAUCCAAAAUCGGCUCUCUCUAAGUCACAAUGACGAUGAUCUGAUGAUUGUGGAUGACUUUGUCUCUAUUGACUUGCGUGACCCUUUUACAGCGAAAAUCUUUGAAGUUCCUGCCCGUGGAUUAUUGUGCACGCACAGGGAAUGUUUUGACCUCUCUACCUUUCUGCAGACGCUUUCAACAAGGCCUUCGGCAACCAAACGUGCAGCAUAUGUUAGAUGCCCCAUCUGCAGACAGGAUGCCCGGCCUUCGCUUCUGGUGAUCGAUGAGUUUCUUGUCGAGGUGAGAGCGGCUCUUGCGCAACAGCAGAAGCUGGAGACGACAAAGGCCCUCCGUGUCAAGAGCGAUGGCUCUUGGGAGGCUGUAAUAGAGUUGGAAUCCGACACCAGGACUUCAACCCGAAAACGAGAUCGAGCUUCCUUCGAAGCUGACCUUGUCAAGAAUGAAGAGAGUUCUGAAGCUACUCCCUCACGCACUCCUGCAGCGCCUGAGAUUAUCGAGCUUGACUAG